GAACAAAGCCACGACAAGGGGAUUAACUUCCAAAUGACCCUCGCCGCGCGGCCGAAAGCGCCGCCGGAGCCCCACCCCUCGGGCGGCCGGAGGUCUGGCUGCCGAUGGUCACAUGGGCCUCUCUCAGCAUGGUGGGAAGGGAAAGUUUAUUUGAAUUGCAAGCGCUGCCUGCCUGCCUGCCCGGGGACGAUCAAACUUGUGCAGCUCCGCUUUCCGGCCACCUCUGCUGCUCCUUCUUGAAGUUUGCUGCGCCCUCCGCCCCGCCAGCCCGGCUCCAAAUGCUUCACUGAGUUUGCAAGCAGAGGCAGAAAGAAAAUAAUGGCUGGUAAUGAUGACCUCUUAAAGAAUCUGAAGAACAACUUGCAGGAGCUGAACAAUCUCCGCUCUAGGUAUUACAUAUCAGCAAAACGUACCUUGUCUGCAGGUGCCAAGUCAUUGCUUCGUGACCAACAACAACUGCCAAGGGAAAAUAUGAACAUCCAGCCGUUUGCUCCUAGAAAGAGCAUCCGCCACCGCAACCCCUACUGGCCUGAUGAAGAAAUCCGGACCUUCAUUGAGAUCUGGGGCGAUGACCAAGUCCAAGCCUCGCUGGCCACCAAUUUUCGCAACGAGGCUCAGUAUGAGUGGAUCUCUGAUCGGAUGCGGGAAUACGGCUAUGACAGGGAUAUGAAGCAGUGCCGUUUGCGUGCCAAAGAGCUUCGGCGAGGAUACAAGGCCAUUGUUUGUGGAAACAACUCCUCUGUGAGUGGCCAACGUGCCCUGCCAUUCUAUGAUUCCUUGAAUAGUUUCCUGUGCAUGCACAAAGGCCUGGUGGUGUCCAAAGUCUCCCUCUCCAUAGAUCGGAGGAAUCGAGAGGCACAAAAGCUGGGGCUGGAGCAGGAGAAAAAUGAAAAACUAAGUGUCGUCCUUGUUUCCGAUGACGACGAAGCCUCCAUCCCAGACCCUGCGGAUGACUCAAAUGGCUAUUUUCAAGACCCGCGGAUGGAUUCCGACCCUGUGAAUGCCCAAUCUCCAGGUGAUGAAUGGGAGCAGCACGGAGAAGACGACAUCCUGGCAGAUGAUGAGGCUUUGCCCCAUUUCCCCAGUGCUAGAGGAGAGAGCCAUUCGGCUGUCAAUUCAGGCCCAUCCAGCUCCUUCCCCAGGGGGCCCCUGGCUGACACUGACAGAGCAAGCAACCACUGGAGCAGGAAACAGAGGAAGCAACCCGACGCUGCCUCGGACCUCGUGGACGCCAUAUCGCAAGUGGGCGACAGGCUAGUGUGUGCCCUGUCCGAUUUGCACUCGAGGCACAGGGAGACGUCUGAGCUUGCGCAGGCCAGGGAGAGCAACGCCCGCAAGGAGGAGUUGACCAUCCUCGCAAGCCACGUGGGCCAGGCCACAAAAAACAUGGACAAACUCAUCACUCUUAUGGAGACGUCAACCAGGCGGAUUGCAGAUGCCAUGGACAGGCAAACAGCUGCCUUGGAGAAUCUGGCACGGUUGUUUGCCACUAGGGCGCCACCUCCUCCAGUGCCCUCCACAUCCCAAGGGCAGCCUCCGCAUUCCUCCCCAAGCACCUCUGUACUGCUCCCAUCAUCAUCAUCGCCACCGCCGCUGCACAAUGCUCCAAACACUUUGGGGGCACACCACGCCAGUGCUCCCAAAGCACCAGAAUCACCAGCUUCCAGCAAGGCUGAGGAAUGCCAGCCGGAGAAAAAGAAAAUAAAAACAGAAGGCAACUAGUGGAAUCUCAUCGUUUGACAAUCCCUCAAACAUGCUUCUUUGCUCUCAUUGGGUAGACACUCAUCCUUAAAAAAAACAAACUCCUUUGAGGGGGAAAGUCAGGAUGGUGGAAGCUGUAACAGAUCCUUUCUUUUUUUUAAUGUAGCCAGAAUUUAGGUUUGAAGGCAUGUUUGCGUAGAAGAGGGAAGGAUGAGUUUUGCCUAGGAUGACAAAACUGUACAGUUCACUGGCAUUCCACUAUUCUGUCCCAUGCUCCAUAUUCUGCUGCUUCAUUAUGCAAUUUGGACUGCAGUCCCGUGCACACUUGCUAGGGAGUAAAGCCCCAUUGUGUAAGUGUGGUUCAGAUCUAGGCUUGGGCCACAGAGAAGGUCGGUUCAAAAUCUCUGCUCAGCCCUGAAGUUAGUUGGUGGCCUUUGUCAGCUCCCUGUGAGCUGCUGCUUUUCCUCUCUCCAAAUGGGUAAUACAAAUAAUCUGCACUGCUUGGUGGUUUUGAAGAUGAGCAAUUUAAAGACUGAAUCAUUGUGCACGGUGAAACUGAUAUAAAUGAGUAGAGAACAUUC